AUGUCAUCGGCACUAUUUGAUGACGUUUUCACCGUUCAAGAAGUGGACACAGGAAGAUACAACAAGGUCUCUCGUAUUGAAGCUCAAUCGACUUCACAAGAAUCCUGUAAGUUAACAUUGGAUAUCAACAGUGAAUUGUUCCCAAUAAAGACUCAAGAUCAACUUGCAGUCAUGAUCACAACUUCUCUCCAACUUGACGGAUCGGAGGAACCUCAGGGUACCUCUUGGAGAGCACCACCUGCUGGAACCAGAUCUCUUGCAGAUGAUUAUGACUAUGUCAUGUACGGAACUGCCUACAAAUUCGAAGAAGUUAAGGGUAACAAGGAUUUGCUUGCAGUAUACUAUUCAUUUGGUGGCUUGUUGAUGAGACUUGAGGGAAAUUAUAGACUUUUGAACAACUUGAAACAAGAAAACGCUUACUUAUUGUGUCGUAAGUAA